AUGUUACCUGUGUUUCUUAUCUCCAGUUUGCAGGUCUGUCAGAUGUAUCCAUAUCAGGAGACAUCCCUGUUGAGGGGGAGAUCAAUGUUCCUGUUGGAACCCCCAGUCAUGAUGACGAAUACUCCACACUGGAUGAACCUGUCAAAGACACCAUAGUAAGAUUUCCCUCUUCAUACUGUGCACACUUCAAUCUUAAAUAACAGCUUAUUUUUAUUUUUCUGUUUUUUAUAUAUAUUUCCACACUAUGAGCGUUGGAAUAAUGUUAGGAACAUUAUAAUUAAUGUCGUUUUAGUGUAAGAGCUGUUUGAAAAGACCGCCUGAAAUUUCUGCCUGUUUUGGUGGGAUGGAGUUUGUCUGCCUGGUGAUAUCACCAGGCGGUAAAUUACUGUAGUUAAUAGACCAAUAGGAAAGAGUGUUGUAAACCUCUGUCAUUAACUGCUAGUUUUCCGUUUUCCCCUCCCCAUUCAGACCACUCCCAGACAGUCCUAGGAAAAUUCUUGCUUGAGAAAUUGCUCUUUGCCAAGAAGCUAUUGUUGUUUAAUUUUUACCAUUCUAAUUGAAAUCCAUCACUAUGACCAUGUUUCCAUCCAGAGUUUUUAAUGUGAGUAAAGUCAUACUGUAUAUAGAAUAAAUCACUACAGCUGUGAUGGAAACAGGUAGAUUCGGUAAAAAACUGUAAAUGUUUGUUCGACAUGGUGGGAUAUUUUUGUGUCUGUAAAAUUAAUUAUGCGAGAAGUGGUGGUGGUGGAAAUCCCUUUAUGUGCAAAUAUUUAUAUAAUAACCAUCAUAUCGUAUUAAACUUGGAGUCACGUGAGUAGUAAGGUACUUAAUUGUCACCCAGAAAUGAUUUGAUAUUGAGAUAAAAACGUCUGCAUUGGACCUUUAAAACCUCUUCUAAAGUCUCUCUCAUGUCUCAUUUACAGUUGCGAGAUCUGAAAGCUGUGGGGAAAAAGUUUGUUCAUGUGAUGUAUCCUAAGAAGAGUUCCACGCUACUAAGAGACUGUGAGUACUGUAUACUUUGAAAGAUGAAUGAAUCUUUUAUACUAUUCCAACAUAAUGAAUAGGUAUUACAUGAUGUGACCUAGCUGUAUCUUACUUAGUGAUAUCUAUCCAACAUGUACAAGAAUAACAGUAUGUAUAUAGCAAACAUGACUUAAACUGACAUUUGUAAUAGUACCUAGGAAAAUGUGACAAACUAAAUGUGCCAGGUGUUCAGUCGUCACUACUUAACACAGCCACAAAGUCAUAAAAAAAUUUUAAAAAGAUUCACCUUUAUUUAACCAGGUAAGCCAGUUGACAACAAGUUCUCAUUUACAACUGCGACCUGGCCAAGAUAAAGCAAAGCAGUGCGAUAAAAAACAACAACACAGAGUUACAUAUGGGGUAAAAAAAACAUAAAGUCAAAAAAUACAACAGAAAAUAUAUAUACAGUGUGUGCAAAUGUAGCAAGUUAUGGAGGUAAGGCAAUAAAUAGGCCAUAGUGCAAAAUAAUUACAAUUUAGUAUUAACACUGGAAUGAUAGAUGUGCAAGAGAUGAUGUGCAAAUAGAGAUACUGGGGUGCAAACGAGCAAAAUAAAUAACAAUAUGGGGAUGAGGUAGUUGGGUGGGCUAAUUUCAGAUGGGCUGUGUACAGGUGCAGUGAUAAUUAUGGCUAAACCCCGCCUAUUUCUAUAACUUCUCUUUUUAAAAUCUGAUUUUAGACCUAACCCUAACCCCAUUGCUAACCUUAUGCCUAACUUUAAAUUAAGACCAAAAAGCUCAUUUUUGUUUUCAUAAAUUUUUACGAUAUAGACAAUUUUGACUUUGUGGCAGUGGUAACUAGUGACAACCCUGGUGUUAUAGUAAUAUUAUUUUAACUUCUUCCUAUACUACCUAGGAAAAUUUGACAAUGGUAAUUGUGUUUGAUUUUCUAGGAAUAUUGUGUUAACUUCCUCCUCUUUUCCAGGGGACUUAUGGGGCCCAUUAUUGCUCUGUGUGACACUGGCUCUGUGAGUAUUCAUGUUUCAAUGUAGUAGCAGAAUAUGACUGAUGACACUCGUUUAAAGGGGCAAUCUGCAGUUGCUACAUCCAUUUUUGGACUUAUAAAUUAAUCAUAUGUACCCAUUUGAUUCUUGAAGAAUAUAACUUAGAAAUGCCUCAUGAGCUUAGUUCCCCUGUCAUACCCCAUCAGAACCCAAAAUGCAAACUUGUUUUACUCCAAUGUUUGUAAACAAAGUAAAUGUAAGCAAACACCAUAUAGCCUCAAAAUAUGGUUAAAACUAUACUUUUGAUAUAAUGGAUGCUCUUUGCAUCCAUAGCCCUGUAUAUGAAUUUGAGAGUGGUUACAUUUCUCCAGCCCCAUCCCUUUAGCUUUUCACCAAAACGGGGGCAGGUAGAAUGCUUUGUUAUUGUUUCAACUGAUGAUUGCCAUUUAAGAAUGAAAGACGACUGGAGAAGGAUGAGCUAUGGAUUGAUAAUGUUUCCUUCCUGUUUUCAGGAUGUUGCAGGGGGGUUCAGUUGACAGUAAGGAAGACGGAGGGCCCCAGUUUGCAGAGGUGUUUGUGAUCAUCUGGUUUGGAUCUGUCAUUAUCACACUGAACUCAAAGCUGCUGGGAGGAACCAUGUACGUGUCCAUCAUUUACAACUGCCCAACUUUCUAGCUUCCAAUCAUUAUAGUAAAAUUAAUCCAAUAUAAAAAAUUAUUGCAUUUGAAUAUGCAAAUACUGUAAUAUGAUUAGUUCCAUAAGAAGUUAAUUUUAUUUAUUCAUUGAAAACGUAGAAAUAUGUGCAUUUAAAAUGAUUGUUUUCGUCCCUCUCUAGAUCUUUUUUCCAGAGCCUGUGUGUGCUAGGCUACUGCAUCAUGCCUCUGACCGUGGCAAUGGUUGUCUGUAGGCUGGUGCUGCUGGGUGGGUCUGGGAUGGUCAGCUUCAUUGUCCGACUAAUUGUGGUCACAGCAUCAUUCAGUUGGUCCACGUUUGGUAAGGAAAGUCAUUUUCGUAAGGAGACAAUUAUAUAACAUUUUUUAUUUGGUUGGCUAUGUUUACUGGUGCCAACACACCUCUACAAACACAUUGACUGUUUGCAGUCAUACUGACUUUCAGUAGGUGGAGCUGUCGCAUAAAGAUUAAACUUGUUCAAGUGUUCCUCAAAACAUUAGUACUACAUUUUAAUAGAUUAUACAGUCUAAUCUUUAUUAUAACCUGUGUGGUUCGAGCCCUGAAUGCUGAUUGGCUGAAAGCCGUGGUAUACCACGGGUAUGACAAAACAUGUAUUUUUACUGCUCUAUGUUGGUAACCAGUUUAUAAAGCAAUAAGGCUCCUCGAGGGUUUGUGAUAUAUGGCCAAUAUACCACGGCUAAGGGCUGUGUCCAGGCACUCCGCGUUGCGUCUUGCCUAAGAACAGCCCUUAGCCGUGGUCUAUUGGCCAUAUACCACACCACCUCGGGCCUUAUUGCUUAAUCAUAAAACAAGUCACUGAUAACAUGUAGCUGAAUGUAUGUAUAUGUUUUCCCCCCAGCCUCCACAGCUUUCUUAGCAGAUAGCCAGCCUUCCAAUCGCAAAGCUUUGGUGGUGUAUCCCGUCUUCCUCUUUUACUUCGUCAUUGGAUGGAUGAUUCUCACGUUCUCACCGUCCGCGUAA